CUCAACCUGUCAACAGCCAAACAGAAGUACAAUUCAAGAAUCAUAUGAGAUACAGUCAGGAUGGGUCAAUGUCUAUCCGGACAACAAAACCGUCAAGAAGUAAACCAAAGGAAUGCGUCUUCAUCCAAACCGAUCCUCAAGCUGCCCAAGUUAUAUGCUCCAAAUCCAUUGUUAACUAGAGAGGAAGUGGAAACCUCGAGGAAUGAAUUUUGGGAAACCUGCUGGGCCUAUGGAGGAUCUAGAGAAAUUUGGGAAGUACUGCAUAAUAUUAUUAAUUUGUUGUACGAAGGGAAUGGAGAGUCUGCAGCUGAGUUAGCUUCUGCUGCCGAAUUAACAAUACCUGAUAAUGAUAUUGGAAAAGGAGCUUAUGAUUCUAAAGGCGCUUAUUAUGAAAUACCAAAGAUUGUUGCUAGAAUUCCAAGGGCGUUCGCGGAAAAGGAAGAUUCCGACGAUGAACAAGAAACCCCUCAGAAUAGCCUUGAGAAUGGAAAAUAUACUGAGAAAACUGGUACUGCCACCCAAGUCACCUCUGUAAGUCCAGUGGAUAAUGCUGAAAAACCGGAGCCUCUAGAUUCCGUCAUUAUUCGCUAUUGCCUGGAUGAGAAGGAUUACACAAUUCAAAUAAAUGGGAAUGCUCCUUUACUCCAAGCGAAGACCGCAUUUAUUGAGGCUGGUUUAGAUUCAGUUCACAGAUUAUUUUUUCUAGGUCGUAUCUUACAAUGGAAGAAGGGUCUUCGUCAGCAGGGUUGGUCUCCAGGUAUGGUCGUUCAGGCUAUGUAAGAAUUGGUCCUUGCUUUAAUAUCUUCAGCUGUAAGGAGAUUUGAGAUACAAUUAUUCCUUCCCUCAUACAGAAAUAAUUUUUUCUUUUGUUACCUCUCUUUAGCAACAUGUUUGUUCUUAAUGCUUAUCAUGCUCAAGUUCUGCUAUCUGCUUCUAACCCCGUUAUUGAAUAUCAUAAUAUCAUGAAUAAUUGUUUUUCCUGCCUGUCUUGUGUGCAUAAUCGCGUCUUAUAAGCUAAUGCCUCUGUUAGUUCUCUCUUUGUUAGAUGCCACUGAGUCUUUUUGCAUAUUUUUUAAUUCCUGUUAUAUUAAUUCCCUCAUGUUUAUUUUUUCAUUUCUUAUUAUACUUUUUAAUACUCUCUAUACGAAUUAAGUCUCACUUGGGGUUACCUGAAUUCACGGAAACAAUACGUCUUCUUUUAACUAACUCUUGAUUUGGUUACAAUUGUUGAUUAUCCUUCAUCUUCGGUUUCAAAUGCUACGGAUUGUUUUCACUAGCGACCUAGGUGAUUUUAAACACCUUAAAACAAGUAUCGUAUAGCAGCUAAAGUAUAACAAACCUUUACUAGACAUGAUUGGGAUAAAUGCUCAUAUAUUUAUUCUAAUAAAGCAUACUUCAAUAUUGAUGUAAAUUAUACUUCACUGAACA